CAUAUUGUCCAACCCCGGCGGCGGCGCGGGGGGCCUCCCGGAGCAGCAGGAUGUACCCCCAGGGAAGGCACCCGACCCCGCUCCAGUCCGGCCAGCCCUUCAAGUUCUCGAUCUUGGAGAUCUGCGACCGGAUCAAAGAGGAAUUCCAGUUUCUUCAGGCUCAGUACCACAGCCUCAAGCUGGAAUGUGAGAAGCUGGCCAGUGAGAAGACAGAAAUGCAGCGACAUUAUGUCAUGUACUAUGAGAUGUCCUACGGGCUCAACAUCGAAAUGCAUAAGCAGGCCGAGAUUGUGAAGCGCCUCAGUGGUAUCUGUGCUCAGAUCGUCCCCUUCCUGACCCAGGAGCACCAGCAGCAGGUAUUACAGGCCGUGGAGCGAGCCAAGCAGGUGACCGUUGGGGAACUGAACAGUCUCAUUGGGCAGCAGCAGCUCCAGCCGCUGUCCCACCAUGCCCCCCCUGUGCCCCUCACCCCGCGCCCUGCCGGGCUGGUGGGCAGCAGUGCCACGGGGCUGCUCGCCCUGUCUGGAGCACUGGCCGCCCAGGCUCAGCUGGCAGUGGCUGCCAAGGAAGACCGGGCAGGCAUGGAGGCUGAGGGAUCCCGAGCAGAGAGAGCUCCAAGCAGGAGCGCAUCCACCUCGCCCCCUGAGAGUCUGGGGGAGGAGCGACCGAGUGGCCCGGGUGGCAAUGGGAAGCAGAGAGUGGAAGACAAGGAUCUAUCAGGCCCUUACGAAAGCGACGAAGACAAGAGUGAUUACAACCUGGUGGUGGAUGAGGACCAACCCUCAGAGCCCCCCAGCCCGGCGACCACUCCGUGUGGAAAGGCGCCCAUCUGCGUCAGCGCCCGUCGAGAGCUUGUGGAUAGUCCAGCCUCCUUGGCUUCCAGCCUAGGCUCACCGCUCCCCAGAGCCAAGGAGCUCGUUCUGAACGACCUUCCCGCCAGCACCCCUGCCUCCAAGUCCUGUGACUCCUCCCCACCCCAGGACGCCUCCACCCCCGGGCCCAGCUCCUCCAGUCACCUCCGCCAGCUCGCAGCCAAGCCAGCGCCUUCCACGGACAGCAUUGCCCUGAGGAGUCCCCUGAGCCUGUCCAGCCCCUUUACCACAUCCUUCGCUCUGGGCUCCCACAGCGCCCUCAAUGGGGACCUGUCAGUGCCUAGCUCCUAUGUCAGCCUCCACCUGUCCCCUCAGGUCAGCGGCUCUGUCGUGUAUGGACGCUCCCCCAUGAUGGCAUUUGAAUCACACCCACAUCUCCGAGGGUCAUCCAUCUCAUCCUCCCUGCCCAGCAUCCCUGGGGGAAAACCGGCCUAUUCCUUCCACGUGUCCGCGGAUGGGCAGAUGCAGCCGGUGCCCUUCCCCUCGGACGCCCUGGUGGGCUCGGGCAUCCCGCGGCACGCGCGGCAGCUGCACACGCUGGCGCACGGCGAGGUGGUCUGCGCCGUCACCAUCAGCGGCUCCACGCAGCACGUGUACACGGGCGGCAAGGGCUGCGUGAAGGUGUGGGACGUGGGCCAGCCCGGCGCCAAGACGCCGGUGGCCCAGCUCGACUGCUUGAACCGGGACAACUACAUUCGUUCCUGCAAGCUGCUGCCGGACGGCCGGAGCCUGAUCGUGGGUGGCGAGGCCAGCACCUUGUCUAUCUGGGAUCUGGCGGCACCCACGCCCCGCAUCAAGGCCGAGCUGACCUCCUCGGCCCCCGCCUGCUACGCCCUGGCAGUCAGCCCCGACGCCAAGGUCUGCUUCUCCUGCUGCAGCGAUGGUAACAUCGUGGUCUGGGACCUGCAGAACCAGACCAUGGUCAGGCAGUUCCAGGGCCACACGGAUGGAGCCAGCUGCAUCGACAUCUCUGAUUACGGAACAAGGCUCUGGACCGGGGGCCUGGACAACACCGUGCGCUGCUGGGACCUGCGGGAGGGCCGCCAGCUGCAGCAGCACGACUUCAGCUCCCAGAUCUUCUCCCUGGGCCACUGCCCGAACCAGGACUGGCUGGCGGUCGGCAUGGAGAGCAGCAACGUGGAGAUUCUGCACGUCCGCAAGCCGGAGAAAUACCAGCUGCACCUUCACGAGAGCUGCGUGCUUUCUCUCAAGUUCGCCUCCUGCGGACGGUGGUUCGUGAGCACCGGGAAAGACAACCUGCUUAAUGCCUGGAGGACGCCGUAUGGAGCCAGCAUUUUCCAGUCCAAGGAGUCAUCCUCCGUCUUGAGCUGUGACAUCUCCGGGAAUAAUAAGUACAUCGUGACCGGCUCGGGGGACAAGAAGGCCACGGUGUAUGAGGUGGUCUACUGA